AUGAAUGGGGGAAUAACAAACAGCCGAAGAUACAAGGCCAGAUGGAUCAUCGCCGUUUGUUACAAUAAUAAAACUAUGUCUCAGUCCAUUAUUAUUGCAACUAUUUUGUGGAGUUCAGGUUUAAGAUCUCUUGUCACACCAUUAUCCACAUUUGCAAGUGGUGGUACAUCAAUCAAUACAGGCCAAUUAAUCACAAAACACGAAUAUGAAAAAGCAGGAAAAUUAUUUGUAGAAUUUAUUCGUGAUGGCUUAUUCAUUGUCAUUCUUCUUCCAUUGCUGUUAAUUCUAACUGCUCCAAUGAUUCUCACAAAGAUUGGAAUGCCAGAGAAUCUUAAAUCACAAGGUUCUGCAUAUUUAACUUCAAUUUUCAUAUAUACAUUCUUUGUUUAUUUAUUUGGAUUCCUGAAUAGUAUCUUAAUGUCAAUGGGAUUUGUACUUAUAUCAUCAAUUAUUCAAGUUUUAGCACAUCUUCUUUCUCUGAGCUUUGAUGCUCUUUUUAUUUGGGGAUUUCAUGUUCAAAUAGUGUGGAUGAGUGUUGCUUUUGCUGCAGGCCCUUCUACUGCCUGCAAUGUCACAUUCAUAUUAUAUAUUUUUAACAAAUUUGCUGUUAAGCCAGUUUAG